AUGGUUCGAAUAUCUUUGUUAUCAAUCGCGGUCACGGCCGGAUUGAUCCCGACUUUCGCUUUCGCUCAACUAAGCCUGCUCCCCACUUGCGCUCUUUCCUGCGGAAUUUCUAGUAUCGGUAUCACAGGCUGUUCCCAGACAGAUUUCAACUGCAUUUGUAGCGCGAAAGCCUUUCUGGCCACAGUCACGGAAUGUGUAACAGUCGCAUGCACUGCAGCGGAGUAUCAACAAACCGUUGAUGCGGCUAUUGUCCUCUGUAGCGAUGCGGGAGUAAAUGACUUGCCCAUCCCGGGGGCAAGUUCUACGACGACUUCUACGACGACUUCGACGACUGCGUCUACUACUGUAAUUACUACUACUUCAAUCACUACUACUGCAAUUACUACUACUGCAAUCACUACUACUGCAAUCACUACUACUGAGUCUACUACUGAGUCUACUACUGCGUCUACUACUGCGUCUACUACUGCAUCUACUACGACUACUGCAACCACUACUACUGCGGUCACGACAACAUCUGAAUCCACUACAACCCCUGCGGUGACAACCACGACCGAUAUUACGACUACGAGUACAUCAACUGAAUGUCCAACAAUUUGUCUCGACUUCAUUGAUAAUUGCGGAUCUCUGUGGGGGACUUGCAUUCCAAGUUGUAUCGGCCAAUCUAUUCCAACUUUCACACCUCCGCCAUGUACUUCCAGGACGACUACGUUCGUAACUACCACUACUACCACGCCGACAGCAAGGUCAACUACUACAUGUAAGACGUCAUCAACUACGAAGAAAUCUUCAACAACAUCUAAGAAGACAACUACCAAAUCUGUUCCAAAACCCACGCCGAAAAAAUGCACGACUACUAUCAAAAAGGUGACGACUAAGAAGACAACUACCAAAAAGACGACUACGAAAAAGACGACUACGAAAAAGACCACAAAACCUUGUACAAAGAAAGCUUCGCCAACUCCAAAGCCUUAUGGAAAGCCGCAACCCGCGAAGGGAAGUAGAUGCGGUUAUGAUUCCCGGGGUCGUAAAUACUGCAUCAAUUGA